AUGGCGCCCGCAAUAGUCCAUCCCGUCAGUUAUGGCCAGGUUAUUGAGUACAUCCAGGACCGACUAUACCUAGCAUCGUACACUCAAGCACCCAACGAACAUACUCCAUUCCCAUAUCCCACACAAGCAAAGAGAUCACCUCACAAGAAGUCAUCAAGAGCACAGCCAGGACCGACCCCCGCCACUCUUCGACCUCCUCCAGUUUACUUCACGGUUGAUGACACACUUCUUUACAAUGCUUUCCAUGCCGACUUUGGCCCGUUGCACAUUGGACAUUUGUACAGAUUCGCGGUUCAAUUUCAUGACAUCUUGGGAGACCCAGCAAACAAUGACAAAGCGGUGGUGUUCUGGAGUCGGGCUGAUGCAAGAAGUCGAGCCAAUGCUGCAUGCUUGGUCGCGUGCUACAUGGUUCUGAUUCAAGCUUGGCCACCACAUCUUGCUCUGGCACCCAUUGCACAGGCCGAUCCCCCUUACAUGCCCUUCCGAGACGCAGGCUAUAGCCAAGCAGAUUUUAUUCUCAACAUCCAAGAUGUGGUUUAUGGAGUGUGGAAAGCAAAAGAGGAGAAUCUAUGUCAACUUAAGGAGUUCAACCUGGAAGAAUAUGAGCGAUAUGAGAGAGUAGACAUGGGCGACUUCAACUGGGUUUCACCACAAUUUGUCGCAUUUGCGUCUCCUCAAUCAGAACCUGUAGCACCGAUACCCAUAUCAUCUCCAGCUUAUGCGACCUUGCCGUCCUGCGUCCCAGAGAUUCCGAAUGCAAGAAUAUCACAACCGUUCAAGAACGUUCUCACACACUUUGUCCAGCGAGACGUUGGUCUGGUCGUUCGACUCAACUCGGAGCUCUAUUGUCCAUCAUACUUUACCGCUCUGGGCAUACAACAUAUCGAUAUGAUCUUCGAGGACGGCACUUGCCCGACAAUGCCGAUUGUACGCAAAUUCAUCAAACUGGCUCACGACAUGAUCUCAAAGAACAAGGGCGUUGCUGUUCAUUGCAAAGCUGGUCUGGGCAGAACCGGUUGCUUGAUCGGCGCUUACUUGAUCUACCGACACGGCUUCACCGCCAAUGAGGUUAUCGCGUUCAUGCGUUUCAUGCGUCCCGGAAUGGUGGUUGGACCACAACAACACUGGCUACACCUCAACCAGGGCAAGUUCCGCGAAUGGUACUUGGAAGAUCAAUGGAAGGCGAAGCUUGAGCUUGCCAAACCUGUAACUCCUCGUGCUAUGGCGACCAAGACGCCCAUGCGCAUUUCCAGUGGCGGUGCCCAAAUCGCAACACCAGAUCGAUCUAGUGCACGACGAUCUGCUCUGGGCGAGAUUGACGGCAACGACGUGUCGACCUACCAAGACGAGAACCUGCCAGCCCCGACACCUGGUCAACCAAGAAAGUAUGCACGCAUGGAUCCUCGAAACCACCCAUACUCACGGUCCACUUCUGGCACCGUCCGGCCAAAUGCCAAAGCCGACAGCGAAGUCACUGUUGAGACACACCGCCACAGCACAAACGGUGCGGAGAGUGAAGAGGAGCUCAUCCUACAGAGAGCCGCAUCUCGUCGGAGUCAAAGCAAGAGUCCCGGAAGCAAGGGCAAGGCACGCAGCGUAUCGUACACGACGACCACAACGACCAUGACCAAGACCUUUGACGUCGGUGACACGAAGGGCAUCUACGAGGACGACGGAGACGUCGCUUUCCAAUUAGAAGACACGAAUGCCAUCUGGGACGAACUCGCGCAAGAGCAAGAGAACCUUAAACUCAGCACUUUGAGCGAGAAGGGCGGUGCACCACGACAAAAGACGCCGAGGUCGGCCAGUGGUAUGGGAGCCAUGAGCGUUUCGAAGACCAGAUCAUUGCGUGAGUCGCCUAGGCGCAGCGGCGGUGAGGACAAGACCAAAGUCAGAAAGACGAGUGGACGGGUCGGCAGCGCCAAUCAUGGUCCUGUGGCUGUAAAGCGGUAA